AUGUACAUACACAGAAAUACACACGCACAGACACAUGUACAUACAGACACAACACAUAUACACACAGACACAUGUCCGUACAUACACACAAACACACACACAUGUACACACAGACACAUGUACACACACACACACAUACAUGUACAUACACGCAGACACAUGUACAGAUACACACAUGCACAUACACGCAGACACAUGUACAGAUACUUACAUGCACAUACACACACCCCCCCAUAAAAAGUUGCAGUACUUCGUUGUUGGCUCACAGAUCUGGGUACUGCACUCUAGGGGGAGGCAGAGAGCACAGCACACACUCCUUUCUUUGCUUUCACUGCGCUCAGCUAUUGAGCAGUCUGACGACUCCCAGUGCCAAUGACAGAUCCGGCCUGAGCUCCGACCAUGCUUAGCAAGAUGGCCCUGGGGGACACACUCGCCCCCACCAUAAUUUCCACGCGCCAUUGGCGAGCAGGCGAGUGGAAAUUUCAAGCCCUGACAUAGAUGUCAUCUG